AAAGAGAGACAUAACCCCUUGCCAUAAAUUUGAAUUACAUCAAUGGUCAUUGAGGAGUGGUGAGAAGCGGUAAGAGAUGAUAAUAUAAAAAAGUUACAAUUUGUGUAUGUAGAAAAAAAUAUUCCUUCGUGAUAAUUAUUAUAUAGAAUAAUAAUGCUAACUGUGAUAAAAUUGACUUAAUAAAUUUUUUAAAAACAAAUAUGGUAUCUUCGUGGUGCUAUUUUGUUUUACCUGUUGUGUUAUUAAUUGGAUUUCUUCGAAAAUGCCGUGAAUGUACUUGGGGAAGAUGUAAAAAUACGAGUAGCUUACAAGGUCGAGUUUUUAUUGUAACAGGAGCUAAUUCUGGUAUUGGUAAAGAAACAGUCAAAGAAUUAGCAACACGAAAAGCUACAGUCAUUAUGGCUUGUCGAAAUAUGCAAAAUGCCAAAAAUGUUAUUUCUGAAAUUCGUCAUCAAACUUCUAACGGCGAACUGAUUCCAAUGGAAUUAGAUCUCGCAUCACUUUCAUCCAUCAGAGAAUUUGCAGCUCAAGUAUUAAAGAAUUUUCCUGAAAUUCAUGUAUUAAUUAAUAAUGCUGGCAUAUAUACACCACUCAAGGACCAUGCAAUUACCGAAGAUGGAUUUGAAAUUCACUUUGGUGUCAAUCAUCUUGGACAUUUUUUAUUAACCAAUUUACUUAUAGACCGUCUUAAAGAAAAUGCACCUAGCAGAGUUGUUAUUGUAACAUCUAAACUCCUAGAAUCAGGUGUUAUUGAUUUUUCAAAUUUAAAUGGUGAAAAGGGUAUAACGACUAAAGGACGUAUGAAUCCAGGUUAUUGUAACUCAAAAUUAGCAAAUGCAUAUUUCGGCAUGGAACUUGCAAAGAGAAUGAAAGAUUACAAUGUGAAUGUUUAUAUGGUUUGUCCUGGAUUUGCUUAUACAGGAUUGUUUAGAAAUGUCAAACGAAGUCGUUUUCAUUAUAUUUUAUUCUCUCCAAUUGCUUUAUUAUUUCUAAGAACUGCAAACCAGGGUGCACAAACUGUGCUACAUUGUGCCAUUGAACCUUCCUUAGCCGAUGAAAGUGGACAUAUUUAUCGAAAUUGUGAGCUUUAUGUUUCUGAAAAGGAAUUAGAUCCUAAAAUAGCACUUCAGUUAUGGGAAGUAAGCGAAAAAAUGAUAGCUGCCAAAGAGACUGCAAAAUAAAUGAUUCAUCUGAUUCACAUCUUUUUACUGUAAACGAUUUGGGCAUUCAAAGUUUAUUUUUGUAUAUAAAUUAGUACUGUAAUAGAUAUAGUGGUAUGUAUUUUUAUUAUCACUAUUCUUUUAAAAAAUGUUUAUUUAUAAUUUGGUGAAUUUUUGCAUUAUUACUGCAUUUGUUAAUAUGCAUGAGAUAUACAAGAUAUUACCAACAGAAUAUUAUAAUAUUCUGUAUGGUGUAGCCAACUAAACUUAAGUAGCUGAAAAACAAACAGAAUGUUACAAAUAAAAGUCUUCAACAAUAUUAAAAAAA